AUGUCUCGAGCAAUUCGCACUCCUCAUCAAUACUCUCAAGCUGCCCCUCUUCAGAGAGGCUCAGCAUGCUUAAACUGCCGAAGAAGAAAGCAGCGAUGCAAUGGUCAAAGACCAGCUUGUCACCUGUGUGUUCACUAUGGACGCGCCAAAGAGUGUGUGUACGACGACCAAGAGAAGCGCUGCAGUUCCCUUGAUGCACAGCAAGGGGGGAUCUCGUCCUGGUCGGAGGGGAGAUCAAACACCGUGUCAGACUUGGGGGCCCCUGCUGAUUCAGAAGGGCCUCGACCAGGGAUGUUCGCUACGGGUGAUCCAUCGACUUCCCGGUCUGAAGUCCCCGAACACGUUGCGGAGACCUUGAUGAACUACUUUUUCACUCAUCCUUAUCAUUUCAACUUCCCAAUAUCCCUCCCCCGUUUCUCCAAACUGCUCCAAUUGCCACCGGACGACCCAAAUCGCCCACACCCUGGUCUGCUCAUGGCAAUCAUGUUGCUAUCUUCCUAUCUCAUGGCCGAUGAAGCUUUGAAGCCGCAUGAGCCCGCACUAAUCUCAAAAACUAAUCAUUUCAUAAACGGACUUAGAACAGCGGAUCUGGCUCCUGGGAAACCGUUCGACAUUAUUCUGGCGGUAGCGCUUCUUGCACGGCAUUCGCUUAUGUCAGGUGUGGUCAUGAGAGCACCAUAUCUCGCUUCUGUGGCUAUGGGUCUAGCCACUCGUUGCGGAUUGCAUCGGAUAUCUCUGUACCCUUCCCCAAAUUCUCGGCCAAACGCUUUCAUGCCCCCCCCUGGAAGCUUUCUAGAUAUAUCCGAGAGGAUCGAUCGGCAGUCAACUUGGGAGACUGGAGUCCCUUCACAGGUUGCGGAUGAGGACAUCACGACGCCGUUCCCAAUUUCAUUUUCACGACUUGCGGCAUUUAGUGGUUCCAAGACUAUAUCUUCCUUAUAUAGUCAGAAUCAAUCAGAGCCAUCUGCCAAUGUCAACGGCGACGUUGUGUUGGCGGUUAGAGCAAAGGCAACGGCGUUGCUCAACCGGGCGGCGUCUCUUUCCCAGGGAUUAGAUCAUUCGGUUUUCGAUCCAACCUCCCCAGCUUUUAUCCAAUCCUUCAACAGUGUUGAUAAUGCGAUUACGAAUUUCCUGGGCUCACUGCCACCCGCCUCCUCCACUUCUUUUUCGCAAACAGCCAUCAACGAUAACGAGAUGGAAGAUGCUUUUCUGUGCUAUUCACUACUUGAAGGCUCCCGACGAAUUCCGUUCCCCCUGACACCACCCAUGGCGAGUGGAAACGGCCUUUCUGACUCGGCAACAAAACCUUCACGUACUGCCUCGGUUUUGUCCAUCCAACGGCCACAGUCACUACCAACCUUUCCCACCCUCCCACAGGGUCUCGCCCCUCCCAAUGCCCACACCUUCCUGGCCCACACCCUCAGUCUUGCCCACAUUUUCAGCUAUGGUGCCAUCAUUCGGUUACACCGAACGUUUGCGUUCCCACACGGCUCCAGAUCAAUGCCUGGGGUCUCGUCAGAGGAUGUUUUCUCUAGCGUUGGAGCCGAUGUAGAUAAUAGGCGGAUCAGAAGGCGGCUAGGCCCCAAGAGACAUGUUGAGAGUGUGCUGAAAGCAGCGAGAGAUAUGGCGAGUGUCGUUCAGGUACUUGAGGCACAGGGGAUUGAACCUGGGGUUAUGUGCACAUCGAUAGGGCUUAAUGUGGCCCUAGCGAUAAACGUUCUGUACGAACAUGUGCAGUGCACGAAUGCGAGAGACGAGGUCAUGGAUAUCGAUUCCGGAGUAGCUGCUUCACAAACCGGGUCAUUGCCUUCCUCUGCGCUCGUGAAUUAUUCGCAUAUUGACGUGUUGUUCACGUUCCUUAAGAAGUUGAAGAAAGUUUAUCCUGGCCUUUGCACGCACGUAGACGACAUCGAGUUGCUGCUGAGUUCAUUAUCAUAG